AUGACUGUGUUAUCAGCUGGUUAUAACAACUCAAUAAUAAGCGUCUGUAUUUGGCCGGCAUCAAUUCAUCAAAAAAAAGAAAAGAAAAGGCCGACACGCAAAAACUACAUCAGAUUUGAAUACAGCUCAGUUCAAGGUAAAAGCAACACAAACAGGAAAGCCCUUUUGACGAAAGACCAUCUUUGUUGCAGAUUCUCUCUUUUAAUUAUCCUCCAGGCUGAUUCUUCUUCUUCUUCUUCUUCUUCUUCUUCUUCUUCUUCUUCUUCUUCUUCUUCUUCUUCUUCUUCUUCUCCACCUUCUUCUUAUUAUUUUGUCCUUUUUCUUCUUCUUCACCGACUGCUUCUUUUUUCUUCUGUUUUUCCUCCUCCUCUUCAUUCUUCUUCUUCUUCUUCACGUUUUCCUUCUUCAACACCUUCUUUUUCUUCUACUUCACCUUCUUUUUUCUUCUUCUUCGCUUUUCCCUCCUUCUUCACCUUCUUUUUUCUUCUUCACCUUCUUCUUUUUCUUCUUCUUCACCUUUUUUCUUCUUCUUCUCCACCUUCUUCUUAUUAUUUUGUCCUUUUUCUUCUUCUACACCAACUGCUUCUUUUUCUUCUCUCUUUCCUCUUCCUCUUCAUUCUUCUUCUUCUUCUUCUUCCUUAA